GGUGUGCAGCAUUAGAGUUGCUCUGUGAACCUCCAAUUAGCACGUAGAAGAAGAAGAAGAACAACAACUCGCGGUGACAUCCGGAAGCCUCCUCGGUGUUCGUUCUCGACCGGUCCCCUGUCGUCGAGUCAUGUCGACACUCCGGAGUCUGAAGCUGUUCAUCAGCCAGCGGCUCUCCGCGGCGGUGGCGGAGGUCGUUGGCCGGUUGGAGGUGGCGAUCACCGAGUACGAAGAGGAGGUGGAGAGCCGCCAGCUCAGGCUGCUGCACGCGGCUUCGGGAGCUGCGGACGAGCGGCCGACGGCAGUGUUUUCUGCACGUGUCCAGCAGCAGUUGGUUAUUAAAGAAGAGGCUCUGUCUGAGCAGCAGGAGUGGGGCUCCAGCCUGGACCAGCAGGACCCAGGGCAGCCACACAUCGGAGAGGAAAAACAGCACUUUUGGACCAGUCUGGAGGCCAGUAGUAGGCUGCCAUGUCUGCAUGAGGAAGAUUUCACAAAGUUCCCGUCCAUGCAUGUGCCUGUAAAGAGUGAAGAUGAAGAAACAUCUCAGUCCCCACGGCUUGAUCAAAGACAAUUUGGGCUGAACCGAGAGGCAGAGCCUCCAGUCAGCAGCUCAGCUCCACAUGUGAAAAAAGAACCCGAUGAAGAGGACCGUCGAGGUCCAGAACCAGACAGGAUCUUAGUAUCUGGUUUUAACUGUCUUUCUGAAUCGACUGACAAGCCUUUAUGUUCUUCUGAAGCUCAGACUGAAGACAGUGAUGUUUGCUGGAAGGGGAUCGGGAAACCUCAGACAGAUUUAAAUACUGUGAAAAGUAAAGUUCCAGUCAAUGAUAUGGACUCUAAUUCUGACAAUAAAUUGUUCAGCUGCUCAAAAUGUGGUAAAAGAUUUGGCCAGAAGCAUCAUCUGCAGACGCACAUGAGAUGUCACACCGGAGAGAAACCCUUUACUUGUUCUCUUUGUGGGAAAAGAUUUUCCGUGAAGGGGAAUCUGAAACAACAUAUGGUAGUCCACACACGUGAGCGAUCAUGUAGUUGUACCGUUUGCGGGGAACUAUUUUCACACAAAGGAAAUCUGACACAACACAUGACUGUCCACACAAGGGAAAACCUGGACAGAACUGCAUUUAUGACUAAAGAUUCGGUGAACGGACUCCUCAAAACCGGGGAAUGAUGAAAGUUGCAGAAAAGGUUGUGUUGUUGGUAAAGGUAAAGCCUUCAGCUGUAGUAGUAGUGAUCUUCUCACUUUGUUGCCAUCCAACUCAGGGCUAUCAAACAGCUACGUAACUGUAGUAAUAGCACUGCCAUGCCGCUGUGGCUUGGGACGAUAAAUGUUGACAAUUUACAUGCACGAGUGAUAAACAUUCGACACAGUUAUAGGGUUCGUACAUUUGUCCAAAAUUUAAACUUUUGCCUAUAAUGUCUAGAGAGCCCUUAAAAAACCUUUAACUAGUUUUACAUUUACUUCGAAAUGAGCCAAAGUAAGUUCACCUCAAAGAUGUCGCAUCACUUAUUGUCGGCUCCGACGACAUACACUGCAGUAAUUCUGGUGGCUUAAUAAUUCAAGGACCGUUAUGUAGGAUUCAGCGACCUCUAGUGGUGAGGGUGUAGAGUGCAGCCAACUGAAUCCACCACACGCGCACGCCCGGCCCCUUCCAACUGCGUAGGAGAAAUGCGGUGGCCUUUGGGGAGCAUGAAAUAGCCCUCUCUAGAGCCUAUGUUUGGUGUGCCUUUUCUGGGCUACUGUAGAAACAUGGUGGUGCUUCGCUCCUGAAGUAGACCGUGUAGUGGACUCAUUGUAAGGUAACAAAAUUAUGACGGUUCUUAGUUUCAGGUGAUUAUACUCUAAUGUAAACAUCAUUGUGAAUAUUAAUAUUACAUUUCUGUUGAUAGACUCAAUCCUACACACUAGAUUUUAACUUUUCACAACCUGUACCUGCAACCUGUAAGUGAGAUGUGAUGAUUGCUCAGCUGUCAGAGAUCUGAAACGUUUCUUUUUUUGACCUGCUGUUACUCAUACUGAACAUUAACAACAGCAAGGUUCACACAGUUUUUUUACCAAUAAAUUUCCAUGCCUUUUC